ACCGUAUUCUAAUGUGUAAUUUUUACUUAGAGGACCGUAUUCUAAUGUGUAAUUUUUACUUAGAGGACCGUAUUCUGAUAUUUUGUGAUAUUUCUGACUCUGACUUUGGCCACAGUCAAAGCAAAUUCGAGUAGUGAUCAGUCUGAUGCCAGCAGGUUACUGGUACACUGAUCAUUGAACCUAGACAUCAGAUUACAUGUGACAGACAUCAUUACCCAACAGGUUUCAAAGUGCCUCCCACACUGUGUGCUAUGGACCGUAGAGCUUUGAACAGGGAUGUCGGAUCUACGCAUCAUCACCUGCGUGACCCCUCAGGUGAGUUUUGGCACGGGUGUGGACGUACUGUACCUGGGGACGCAGUGACACAUGGUUACUCCUCCUCCACCCUGGUGUGGAAUGUUCUCCCAACUCCAACCAAGAGGGCUGGGCCUCCCUUUAGAUGUGUGUGUUGAAGUGAAAGCAUUGGGGUGGAGAUUGAACUUGUAGAUUUAUGUGAUGUUUGGGAUUGCUCAGUCAGUCUGAAGAGAGCUGGAGCAGAAGCAGGAGAGAGGAAUAAGUUAAGAACGCAGACUGGAAGAUUUAUCAUCAAUCAGAUCGGACAAGAUCAUAGACAACUACAAUAGGAGCUUGAGGAGAGCAGAGACCUUUUCAACAGGCACAGUAGAUAUGAGUGUGGAGUGGGAUAGAGCUCACCCAGGCUCGGUGGAGCUCCGACUGGUCCUGGUGGGCACCUUCGACUGCGGCAAGACCCUGACUGCAGACACCCUGCUGGGCCAGAAGAGCUCCGAGGGUCAAGACUCUCCCCGCUCCUGCGUCCUCCGCCGAGGUCUCUCCCACGCCCGCCGGCUCACGCUGGUGGAGGCCCCGCGCUGGUACUGGUCAGGGGGUCGCCUGGAGUCCAGCGUCAAGGAGGAGACGAGACACGCGCUGUCGCUGGCCGCCCCGGGACCUCACGCCUUCCUCCUGCUGAUCCCCGUGAGCCAGUUCACGGACAUGGAGCAACGCGCUCCUCAGGAGCUCCAGGAGGUGUUCGGGCGAGAGGUGCUGCAGCACACGCUGGUGGUGCUCACCUGCGGGGACUACCUGGUGGGCCGCACGGCCGAGGAGUACUUGGCCAGAGAGGACCAGGGCCUCAGGGAGGUCAUCGCACUCUGUGAGGGUCGCUACCACGUCAUGAACAACCGGCAGCCCGAGGACAGAGAGCAGGUUAAACAGCUGCUGGAGAAGGUGGAGCGCAUGGUUGCGCAGAAGGGAGGCUGCUACGUCCAGGGCGUCCCCCUGCCCGAGGUUGUGACCCCCGGCCUGACCGAGGAGGUGGUGAUGGAGACGCAGCGCGGCGUGAAUGCGGAGCGUCCAGGGAGCGCAGGAGGAGCGGGCGCUGACCACACAGACUCAGCGCAGGCGACUGAGAUAGACGGAGCAGAGGCGCUGAGGAGAGAGAAGGAGAGAGGAGAGAGAGAACGACUGGAGAAAGAGAGAGAGGAGAAAAAGAGACGUGAGACAGAGAAAGAGAAACUGAAUGAGAAACUGGAAGAAUGGAAAAGAGGAAAACUGGAGAAGGAGAAAGAGGGAAACGUAAAGAGGAUGAUCGAGGAGAAGGAGCUAGUAAAGAGAAGGAACGAGGGAGGAAUGGGAAGCAUCAAAGAAAGAGAGGAGAGGGAGAAGGAGAGAGAAGAGGAGAGGGAGAAGAAGAGACUAGCAGACAGGGAGAGAAAAGAGAGGGAGAGAACCGAGAGAGAGCAACAGAAACGAUGGAAGAGCGAAGAGGACGACUACAACGAGCGAGAGCUGAGAGAGAAAAACUGGAACAAGAAAUAG